AUGCGGUUUUACAAAUAUUGUGACUUAGUUAAUGCUAAUACCAAAUACGCUAAUCGGAUGAAAAUGCUCAGCAAUCGUAUUUUUGGUGAGGUUGUUCGGCCAACUAAUGAAAAAUCGAAAAGGGUAGUGGAAAUGUUCAGUGAAGAACCAUUGUACAAAAAACAAAACAUUAUCAACUACUAUCCCCGACAUAUUGAAACUGGAUUACUUAUGAAGAAGCUUCGAGAAUAUGGUUUAUUCAGAGAUGAACAUCAAGAUUUUAUCGAUGAAAUGAAAAGACUUAGAGCUCUCAGAGGAAAAGUAUUUGUCAAAGGAGAGAAAAAACGGAAGGCCAAGAGUAUUUUGUAAUAAUCAUACACCAAUACUUAAAAAUUAUAUUUAUUUAUGUUUUCAAUAAAAAUUAACUUAGUGAUAAAUGUGUAGCUCUGCUUUAAAAAAGUCGAAAAUAAAUUUGUUAAUGUUUAUACUA